CUUUCCAGAGUCUUCCACAAUUACAGGAUCCAAGCACAGGAUCGUGGCCUGCCUAUGACUCCAGUCUUGUGCCAGUGCCUGCCCAGAAUCCUCAGCUGCCAAGUGGUCCAAGCACUGGUCCAGCAUCCGUCAUGAGCCCUGACCUGACAAGUAGUCCAAGUGAUGUGCUCUUGACUUCACCUCAGGCCUCGCUUUGGAGUCUAGGUCAGACUUCUGCUCAGUCUCCAGGACUGUCUUCUGCUCAAGCACCUAAUCCCAUGCUGUAUCCAGAUCCUCUGAAGCCCCCCCAAUUGCAAGUCCAUUUACCCACUGAACCCUUAAAGAAGUUACUGUGGCGGUUUCCCAAAGCUCCAGAAAGGCCUAAGCAAUUUCCGGUGCAGUUUAACUUGCGGCAGCCUACCCCAGUCAACAGUGUGGCUGCUGCAUGUGGGGAGAGUAUGGUGCAUGUGGAGGUGAAGCAAGAUUUCUUUGGAAAUGGUAUGCUCGUAAACCCUAGUUCUCUGACGCUUGGAGGCUGUGCAGCAUCAGGACUGGACUCUGCAGCCCGAGUGCUCAUCUUUAACUCUGAACUCCAGGCUUGUGGUAGUGUACUAACGAUGACGGAAGAUUACCUUAUCUACAGCUUUCACCUCCUCUACCGCUCUGAACCUCUGGUUGGUACUUCAAUUGUCCGAACAGGAAGAGUCAAUGUUCAGAUUGAUUGUCACUACUCAAGGAAGCACAAUGUGAGCAGUAUUGCUGUGUCCCCUACAUGGGUGCCGUAUUCCUCUACAGUGGCAGCGGAAGAGCAUUUGGUCUUCACCAUGAAGCUCAUGACUGAUGACUGGCAGUAUGAGAGACCAUCGAAUCAAUACUUCCUUGGCGAGGUCAUGAAGAUUGAGGCAUCUUUGACACAGUUUAACCAUGUACCUCUCCGUGUAUUUGUGGACCACUGUGUGGCAACUGCAGUUCCUGACAUUAAUGCUGUUCCCAGAUACACAUUUAUUGAGAACCAUGGAUGCUUGGUUGAUGCCAAGAUAACGGGCUCCAACUCUGAAUUUAUGAAACGGGUUCAAGAUGAUAAGCUGCAGUUUCAGUUGGAAGUGUUCAGAUUUGAACAAACCAACAGUAGUAUGCUGUACAUCACAUGUUUCCUGAAAGCCUCUACAACUUUACGGAAGACUGAUGCUGAACACAAGGCUUGCUCCUUUGAGACCAAUGGGUGGGCUGCUGCAGAUGGUAAUGACCAGGAUUGUAACUGUUGUGAUGGAGAAUGUGUCUCCAGGAAGGCGAGAAGUGUGCCCACUGAUGAAGAUCAGUAUUUUGAAACGGAAGUCUCUUUGGGCCCCAUCUUGGUUGAGGAUGAUGACCACUUGUUGCAAUGAGUCAAUAGUGUUUCUUAAAAUUUUUAUAAAUAAAUAUGGGGAAAUUUGAA